AUGGAGCAAAAAGACAUCACCAUCGUGGGCGCCGGAUGGGCCGGCCUCGCGGCCCUGCGCACCAUGCGCGAAACCCACCCCGACGCCUCCCUCCUCCUCCUAGACGACUCGUCCUCCAUCGGCGGCGUCUGGGCCAAACACCGCCUCUACUCCGGCGUCAAGUCCAACAACAUGCGCGGCACCUACGAGUACAGCGACUUCCCGAUGGACGACUCGUUCGGCGUGAAGGAAGGCGAGCACAUCCCCGGCGCCGUCAUCCAGCAGUACAUGGAGCGCUUCGUGGAGCAUUUCAACGUCGCCUCCUGCAUCCGGCUCUCCACAGCCGUCACGGACGCCGAGCAGCAAGCCGACGACAAAGACGGCUGGAUCCUCCGCACGCGCAGCACCGUCGACGAGUCCGUCAACACCAUAGCCACCAAAAAGCUCGUCGUUUGCACCGGCAUCACCUCCAAGCCCUACAUGCCGACCCUCGCGGGCCAAGAAACCUUCGAGCGCCCCAUCCUCCACAUCAGCAGUCUCCGCGUGCAACAAGACCAGAUCCUGCACGCCGGCAAGACCAUCGCCGUCUACGGCGGCACCAAAUCCGCCUGGGACGCGGUCUACGCCGCCGCCACAGCAGGCUGCAAAGUCGAGUGGAUCAUCCGCGACAACGGCCACGGCCCAACCUGGAUGGCGCCCCCCUACGUGACCCCCAUGAAGCGCUGGCUCGAGAAGCUCGUCACCACGCGCCUCCUCACCUGGUUCUCGCCCUGCAUCUGGGGUCCCGCCGACGGCAGCCCCACCGCGCGCUCCCUCCUGCACAACACGCGCGUCGGCCGCGCCAUCGUCGACGCCUUCUGGAGCACCCUCGAGUCGGACGUCGUCUCCGCCAACAACUACGACGCGCACCCGGAGACAGCCAAGCUCCGACCCUGGAUCUCCCCCUUCUGGAUCGCCUCGGGCCUCUCCAUCCUCAACUACAAGCAGGACUUCUUCUCCCUGCUGACCGCCCCGGACUCCCUCGUCUCCAUCCACAUCGACCGCAUCACCACCCUCUCCUCAAACGGCACCAUCACCCUCGCCAACUCCGCCGACCCGUCCACCCCCACCGACUCCCCCGAGUCUUCCUCGCCCUCCUUCCCCUCCGACCCCGCCACCCCCACAACCCUCCACGCAGACGCCCUCGUCCUCGCAACGGGCUGGCAAGCGCACUCCCCGCCCAUCGCCUUCCACCUCCGCUCCCCCCAAACCACAACCCUCGGCUUCCCCUCCGACCCCGACCCCAUCCCCUCCAGCAUGGUCCAAGCCGCAACCGAAAACAUCCUAGCCCGCUUCCCUCGCCUGGCAACACCCCCUCCCCAAAAAUCAUCCACCUACGCGCCCCUCGCAUCCAACGCCCCGGCCUCCGCCUCCCACCCCAUGCGCCUAACCCGCUUCAUGGUGCCCCCCUCCCUCCUCAACACGCACAACAUCGCCUUCAUGGGCCUCGCCAUGACAAUCAACACCACCAUGCUCGCGCAAGCGCAGUCCCUCUGGGUCGCAGCGCACUUCAGCAACAAGCUGCGCAUGCACCAGUGGGAGUCCUGCCCGGCCGACGUGCGCGCCACCGUCCAGCGCGAUCUCUCCGAGUCCGGGCGCGAGCUGAAGUUCGACGAAGUCGACGUGCUGUGGGAGACUGCUCUGCAUACCGAAUUCGGCAAGCUGCGGUAUCCCGGUGGGUUUGGCGCGCGGAACCCGGACUUUGUGUUCGAUGCGCUGCCGUAUGUGGAUCUUUUGCUGCGGGAUUUGGGCGUCGGUUGGGAUCGCAAUCGUGGGUUUUUGGGCAGGGUGGUGAAGAGUUAUGGGAUGGAGGAUUAUGUGGGGCUGCUUGGGGAGUGGAUUCGGACGGAGGCUAAGAAGGAGGCUGAGAAGCAGGCUGCGAUUGAGAUUAGGGUUGAGGAGGCUCAGGUAUGA